CUUUUUUCUGUCACAACAAAAUUUGUGGUUCCCUUAAUUUCUCAAAAAAAAAAAAAAAAAACCCAUUAAAACCCUGUUCUUUUUCACUUCCAAAGAAAGAAGAAGAAAAACAAACCUAACCUUUGAUCAAUUUUCUCCAAUUGGGUCGAACCCAAUUGCAAAAAACCAUUCAAUUCUUGUUCAUAACUCAAUUUCACCAUCUGGGUCAUCACCAUUUUUCAUCAAUUCAUUGAUCAUGUUAUCACUUGGUUCUGACACUACUGUGUUACUUUUUCACACUAAGAAUCUCAAAUUCACACCAAAAAUCAACACUUUGAAUGCUGAUUCAGGUUUUAGUAGGAGUAGGGGUAGAUUGAACUAUGGUAGUGUUGGAUUGAAGUAUAAGCAUAUUAGAGCUGUUGGUAAGAGUAUUGGGAAUGAUGAGAAUGAGGAUGAAGAUGAAGAUGAUGUUUUGAAUGCUACAAUUGAAAAGAGUAAAAAGGUUCUUGCUUUGCAAAAGGAGCUAAUUCAACAGAUUGCUGAAAGAAAGAAACUAGUUUCUUCUAUAGAUAGUGACAGCAUUCCUGGAUUGGAAGGAAACGGUAUUUCUUAUGAAAGCAGUGAAAAGUCUGCGUCAAGUGACUCAAAUCCACAGAAAGGUUCUACCAGGAGUGGCAGCGGCAGUGCUGUUGAAAACCAAAAUGGCGGCACUGUUUUAAGAAGCUCUGUCCAUUCUAGAGAAAAGGAGACACAGGACGUUUCAUCUGCAGGCAUUAAUCAAGAUUUUGUUGAACAAAAAAAGAGAAAUGAUGCUGAAAUGGCUUCGUCUAGGCAACGUUUUGAUGAACAAUUUAAAAACAAGAGGUAUGAGGGAAAGAAGUCAAUUAGACCUGAUACCGUGCCGAAAGACCUUUCAAGUAACAUCAAAACUUAUAGCCAAAAGUUUGAAAAUCUGAAACGUGAGAGUGAAUCAAGUUCAAAGGAGGUCACUAAUGAACCUGAAAAUAUUGAGAGUGAAGGUGAAAACCCCCCACCAUUGGCUGGGCCCAAUGUUAUGAACAUUAUAUUGGUUGCGGCAGAAUGUGCUCCUUGGUCGAAAACAGGUGGGCUUGGAGAUGUUGCUGGAGCAUUACCGAAAGCUUUGGCUCGGCGUGGACAUAGAGUUAUGGUUGUUGCACCUCACUAUGGUAAUUAUGCUGAAGCACAAGAUAUAGGAGUACGAAAGAGAUACAAAGUAGCUGGUCAGGAUAUGGAAGUGACAUAUUUCCAGACUUAUAUUGAUGGCGUCGACUUCGUUUUUAUUGACAGUCCAAUAUUUCAACAUCUAGAGAGUAACAUAUACGGUGGAAACCGAGUGGAUAUUUUAAGGCGCAUGGCGUUGUUUUGCAAGGCAGCAGUUGAGGUUCCUUGGCAUGUUCCAUGUGGCGGCGUUUGCUAUGGAGAUGGAAAUCUGGUCUUCAUAGCAAAUGAUUGGCAUACUGCAUUGCUGCCGGUGUAUCUAAAAGCAUAUUAUCGUGACCAUGGUUUGAUGAAUUAUACAAGAUCUGUUCUCGUGAUUCAUAACAUAGCUCACCAGGGUCGGGGCCCGCUGGAUGAUUUCAACAUUGUGGAUCUACCUGGAAACUACAUAGACCUUUUCAGAAUGUACGACCCCGUUGGAGGCGAGCACUUCAACAUCUUUGCAGCCGGUCUAAAAACAGCAGACAGGAUUGUCACUGUUAGUCACGGAUACGCGUGGGAGCUUAAAACUUCAGAAGGUGGUUGGGGUUUGAAUGGCAUCAUAAACGAGAAUGAUUGGAAAUUUAGAGGAAUUGUGAAUGGUGUUGACACAAAAGAUUGGAACCCUCAAUUCGACGUUCACUUGAAGUCAGAGGGUUACACUAACUACACCCUCGAAACCCUACAAACCGGAAAGCGUCAAUGUAAAGCAGCCUUACAAAAGGAGCUUGGUUUACCUGUUCGUGAGGAUGUUCCGAUAAUCGCCUUCAUCGGAAGAUUAGAUCAACAGAAAGGUGUUGAUCUCAUAGGCGAAGCGAUUCCUUGGAUGAUGAGCCACGAUGUGCAACUAAUCAUGUUGGGAACCGGAAGACCUGAUUUAGAAGAAAUGCUAAGGCAAUUCGAAUGGCAACAUCACGACAAAAUUCGAGGCUGGGUUGGUUUUUCAGUUAAGAUGGCUCAUAGGAUAACAGCAGGUGCAGAUAUAUUGCUCAUGCCAUCAAGAUUUGAGCCGUGUGGAUUGAAUCAACUCUAUGCGAUGAACUAUGGAACGGUUCCUGUUGUACACGCGGUUGGCGGUCUCAGAGAUACAGUGCAGCCUUUUAAUCCGUUCGAUGAAUCGGGUGUUGGUUGGACGUUUGACAGAGCAGAAGCUAACAAGUUAAAGGCGGCAUUAUGGAAUUGCAUAUUGACUUAUAGGGAUUAUAAGAAGAGUUGGGAAGGGAUUCAACGAAGAGGGAUGUCACAGGAUCUUAGUUGGGACAAUGCUGCUGAACAAUACGAGGAAGUUCUUGUUGCUGCCAAAUACCAAUGGUGAAAUUCUUGGCAUGUACUCCACCUUUGUAGUUUGAUCAACAUGUUUCAUGCUGAAUUGUUUCAAGGUUUAUGAAACGGAGCAGCUGCGCGGUGCAGCAGCUAUAAGGACCGUUUGAUCUAGGAAGAUAAAUUUUCUCAAACUAUACAACGGUUUUCAUAGCUGUUGCGCUGUGCAAGGUGCUAUAGGGAUUCAAAUCCAGGUCCUUAGGAACAUUUUUGUCAUGUGAACUAAGGAUUGUGUAAUGCAAUUGGUACAUAUGUUUCUGCCACAUACUAAUGUAAACUUGAGUCUUACUGACUGAAGAUAAAUUGAGCCUAAACCUUCUCUAAGGUAUUGUUUGGUUUAGUGAAAAAUGCAAGGAUGGAAAAGAGAGGAAAAAUCAACCUUUUUCAUUGUUUGAUUGA